AUGGAUGCUAUAUUUUGGAUUCGUUCAAAAUUAAGUGCAUUUUUUUCCAAUAUUAUUCCAGCGGUAAAACCCUUUAUUUAUUUAUACGAAGAUUAUUUAUCAUUUAUUUUGGGAUGGGAUCCUAAAUGGCUAAACGAAGCAGCUCUUCAAACAGGAUGUUUAUACAAAGAUUGUUCUACAUUAACACCAACACCAAUCAAAGAGCGGUAUUUGUCGUUUUCUGAAUAUCAACAAGCAACUGUACCAUGGUUGUUAGAAGAGACAUGGGAAAAUGUUCAAGCAUCCCUUAUAUCCAAUCUGCGACGUUUUCGUGCGCUGUCAGAAUUGAAUAACUGUCCAUUGUUCCAAUAUUUGCUUGAUCCAAAAUUGACUGGUGGAAUGUUUCGUUCCACAAAAACAAAAUUUCAAGUAUUCUGUGAAUAUUUACAAACAAAACUAUUUGGUAAAAAGAAUUAUACUACGAGAGAUGGAAAUACUGUACACAAUGAAUCACAGCAGCUUGUUAUCGAAGAGGCUGUUUCAAUGGUGUGUGAUGGAAAUAAGAAUGAACCGAAAGUAUACAUGAUUCAAGGACCACCAGGCACAGACGGAUUAAAGGUUAGACGUGUUGGCUGCGACGAAGCUCUUUGUAUGGAAGAAGAUGUCAAUCGUGUAAAACUUGAAUAUUUGACCGAACAACAGUUAGUCAAUAAUAUUCGUUCAUACCCAAAUGAACAAAACGUGAAGAAGCAAGUUUUUGAGGAAGCAGACGUUAUCAUAAGUACGUUGAACUACACUGGCAAUCGUCUAUUUGAUCCUUACUGUCCGAUAGCUGAUAGACAAAAGUUUCCAUGGUUUGAUUGUCUAAUCGUUGAUGAAGCUGCACAAUGUAUUGAAAUUGAUACGUUUAUUCCAUUACGUCUCGGCGUCAAAAAAAUAAUUCUUGUUGGCGAUCCAGAACAAUUGCCAGCCACUGUUAUAUCAAACCAAGCGUUAAAUGCUCAUUUGAAUCAAUCUUUAUUCGAACGCUUGUUUAAUUUAUUCAAACAACAGGAAAAAUUAAAUCCUAUUCAAAUGCUCAAUAUCCAAUACAGAAUGAACGAAGAAAUCUGUCGGUUUCCUUCGGAACAUAUUUAUCAAGGACGAUUGUUGACAGACAAACAAACAAAUAUUGAACGAUCUAAAUUUCAUUUGAUUCCAUAUGCAUUUAUAAAUGUUUUAAAUAGUUGUGAGCAAUUAGAUCCCGUUAUACAAUCUUAUUAUAAUACAAUCGAAGCACAAGUUGUGGUCGAUUUAAUCCGGUAUUUAACUACAAUAGAGAAUAUACCACUUUCGACAAUAGGUAUUAUUACACCCUAUCGAAAGCAAUUGCAGCUGAUUCAACGACAAUUAUCAACGAAGAUUGAUGUUAGCACUGUGGACGGAUUUCAGGGUCGAGAAAAAGAUAUAAUUUUAUUAUCAUCGGUGAGAGCACAACAACAAGAAGAGGAUAAUCGAGGUAGUAUUGGUUUUGUAGGAAAUAAACAACGUUUGAAUGUAUCGUUGACACGAGGAAAAUAUGCUGUUUAUAUUAUAGGACAUUUACAAUCAUUAAAUGUAAGUUUCGCUUACGGGAGUAUCUAUCUAAUUGUUUGUCAUGGUGCUUAUCAAUCUCUAUAGAUCAAUGGUCAUUGGUCGAAACUGAUCAAUGAUGCAACCAGACGAAAUUGUAUGUUUGAUUACGGAUCUCGUAAACAGAAUUUUCAUUGGUUACGAAAAUAACAACGAUAAAAACACCGGUACCUUUUUCAGCUUUUUACUUUUAUAUUUCGUAAUAAAAUAAACCUAUACCUUUCCGUAGAAGAAAUGAACUCGUUCGUGCCAGCUGUUAAAAUCCACGUAAGACUAGUAAUAACACUUCCUUAACAUCAGACCAUAAAUGAACGCCAGCACAUUGGUAGAAGUGCACAGACAGAAAUCUACUUUUAAACAAUGAUGAUUAUUCGAAAGAAAAGAAACUUUCAAAGUGCGUGACCGACAUUCCUCUAAUUUCUUCUUCGUUUUUCGAUUUCUUUCUUAGGUAUGGUUUUUUAGUAGCAGUUAGUCAUAAUGAUCUUACUAAAAAAGACGACUAAAAGUUCGUUUAUUCAUAUACUUAUUUUUUGCAUUCAACCACAUUGCACUUCUGUCAUAACAUCAACAAAAAGAAAGAAAAGUAUAGUGGAAUUCGGCAUAAUCCUCGAAGAAGCGAUCCUGGAAAACGUUUUUCACAAGAUAUCUAAUAAUCUUGCAAAAAAUUUGGCAAUAACUUGGCAGAAUCUUUGAAAAAUCCUGUCAAGAUCUUGAAAUUUCGUGGCUACACGCUUCUUCCAGGAUUUAGUCGUUUCCUGACUGAAUCCUGGUUCAAAAACAAUGAUAAAUCUGUUAGGGUUCUUGAAAAUCUUGUUUCCAAUCCUGUUAGGAUCUUGAAAUUCCGUGGCUACACGGUAUUUUUUUAAAUUUUAAAAGAAGAGAAAUUCGCUGUCUAUAUAUCUUGUGAACAAAAUUCAAAUUUAAAGUUUAACCAGAGUGUAUUCGAUUAGAAUUUAAAUAAAAACAUAAUGUUAUGAUGGUCCAUGAAAAAUUAAUAUUUUCUUAUAAUCAUUUCCUUGACGUUAGUUAGGGUCAUAUAAAAGAAAAUGUUUGUAUGUUCACACGAACAAAUCGGACAGUGUAGAGGGCUGACACUUGUGAACUGUAGAUAAUCCAACACGGAGAAUCUAAUGGUACAAUAGAGGGAUCUUCAGAAGGUUUUUGAAAAAUAUUUGAUUUUCUGCCGAUUUUCAGAUACAGUUUGAAUCAAUAUGAAGGAUAAGCAUGAUGUCCGAUCCUCAGAGAGUUUCCGGAGAACUCUUUUUUUUACAUGAUUUUUACAUGCGAUUUGAAAAAUGUAGGGGGAACGUAAUAAAAUGUAGAAAAAUGUAGAUUGAGCGAUUUGAGGUAAAAUGUGGGGGGAACGUAAUAUCGGGCACCUGCGAAUCUCUCACUGACCUCUAGCUGUGAUCCUAUUGGUAGAAGAGUUUUUUGGAACUUUAUUGGAUGGAAAAUAAUAUAUAUUUUAUAGAAAGGUAAACAUUGUUACGUUAACAAAAUUUUUUGAGAAGGAAAAGAGGAAAGAAUAGAACACAUCACUUCCUGACAUUUCUUUUCAUUUCCAAUAAAAUAAACUUCAAGUGUUAUAUUAACUAAUUUUUAGACUUAUAAGCUACAAAACUAUCGUUCGUUCAACUAAAUAGUUGCAUAUAUAUUACAAUACAACAUAUUUUUAUGAAAAAAAUAGCAAAAAAAGUUGAAAAGAACGAGAGCUCGUGUGUGUGUAAACCAUUCUGUUUGAUGUCUCUCUCUAGUCUAGGUAAUUUUUUAAUAUUGAAGUAAAAAGAAUGAAAAAAAAGAAUGAGUGAGGCGCGGAUAAACAUUGGUUCUUUAUGUAAUUGACUUAUAUAAUUUGAUAUCAAAUCGAGCAGUUUAUUGCGCAUUCUGGAAUUUUAACUAUUUAGAUAAUCCUAAAAAUGUAUGUAGACAGAGAAUAAGGUGUACGUAAAUACACAAGGUAACGCUCGUCUGUACUCGCUUGGUUCCUUGACUUUAGGAACUUAUUUUUGCAACAAAAUGCGUUUCGAAGCUCCGAAAAAUACACAAAACUACAUAAAAUUGAAUUCUCUGUCGAUCCACAUCGAAAUUAAAACAUUUUGAAGAGGGACCGGUUUUUACAGACUUUUGGACUCCGUCCUUUCUUUGAAUAAUGUAAUAGAUACUUACUUUUAAUUUUGUUGUUUUCAAUAAAAAUAAGAGUUAGAAAAUCCCUGUCGUUUGCUUCAUUUUAUACAAAAUCCGUAUAUUUAUACAAAAGCGUUCGCUGAAUUAAAUGUAAGUAUUGUUUACUUUUCUUGUUGAAAUACGAAUAUUUGAAUGUGUAAAUAAAAGAGAAAAAAUAGAAACUCCUUUGUGUUGCAUGAAUGUUUUUUACGAAAUUGUUACAUAUUUUUGUUAUUAUCAAGUACAAACUGGAAAAUAUAAUAAAUAAGAUGCACCCAGGGCAGCCUUGCAGUGAAAUUUAUUUUUCGACACUUCAUACACCAUUCGAUAGAGAAUUUCGCGGUGAUCACGAAUAUCACUUCCAAGGCUCUCAGAACCCUUUCCUC